AUGCGCCUCUCCCGAAGCCUGCCAAGCACCACAAGGGUCGCCACCAGCACAGCGACAAGAGGCCACACCGGGGACCGCGACUCCCGCGUGUGCGCACACGCAGAUGCGCCCAUAUGCACACGGACGGGCGCGCUGCGGGGACCAGGGCCGCUCACUGCGGGGCGUGUGUUUAACUCCAAUAUUUUAAAUUAUAAAAGUAAACUUGGAAACUACAGCAAACGUGCGUCUUCGCGGGGCUCCAAGCCUGGGCACUGGCCGGCUGCGUGCACUUUUCUGUUUCGUAAGGGGUUAACCAAAGCCGAUUCCAAGGAAACACAGGUCGCCCCCACCCCCCGCCACCCUCCACUCACCCCACCCACAGUUCUGCCUCGGACCCCGGCCAAUCCCCCAGAUCUCCCCUGGGACCCCCCACCCCGCAGCCCACCCACCCGAGCGCACAGCUCCUCACCUGAGGGGCCCAGUCGCGUCGGGCCUCCCGAGGGGGCUGCGAGUGUCAGUCGGCUCUCCGCACGUGUCCGCGGCCUCGCGGAGCAGUCCACCCCUGGCUGGUUUCUGCUUCCACCUGCUGAUCUCACAGAGGUGAUAACAGUGAUGAAACAAAAUCUUCAAACCACAGCACACACUGCAAGCUAUUUGGCAUAUGAAGGUCUUGACCUGAGAAAACCAUCUUGGAUAACCGCAGCAAGGAAAAGGAAAAAUGCAACACCUAGGAGAUUUCAGUAAACAGUAGAAUCAUGCCAACCUAAUCUGUGUUAAAAUGCUUGGAAUGUGGGAGCCGCUGAUGAUGCCUCUUGUCUGUGUGUCUGACUGAAUCCUUUCUUUUCUCAGAGCAGCAAAGCAAAGCCUGGGAACCAGGCCAAAUGCCUGCCACUUACCUUAAAUUGAUCAGCCACUUUGAGAUUAAAACCCCUGAAAGCUGCCACACCGUGAAAACAAGGCCUCCUUCACAUUAAAGGCAAAUUGCGACUUUG